UCCGAGGCGCCCUCAUUGCCCAGCCAGACCCCAGCCUCCGCCAGGUCCGGGCCGCCGUCCUUGCUCAGCUCUCUACGGUUCCCCAGCCUAGCGCCCCGGGACGCUCCGGCCCCGCUCGCUCGCUCGCUCUCCUCCUCCGUCCGCUCCGCUCCGACACCAUGAACAAGUUCGGGUGGUGCGCCGUGUGGGGACUCUGCCUCUUGCAGCCGAGCCUGGCGCAGAUCGGUAAGAUCGAUUUGAAUGUAACCUGCCGGUACGCAGGCGUAUUCCAUGUGGAGAAAAAUGGUCGCUACAGCAUCUCACGGACUGAGGCAGCUGACCUCUGCAAGGCUUUCGAUUGCACCCUGCCCACCAUGGCCCAGAUGGAGGAAGCCUGGAAAGCGGGGUUUGAGACCUGCAGGUACGGGUUCAUAGAAGGGCACGUGGUGAUUCCCCGCAUCCACCCCAACCCCAUCUGUGCCGCAAACAACACAGGGGUGUACAUCCUCACCUCCAACACCUCCCAGUACGACACGUACUGCUACAAUGCUUCAGCACCGAAAGGAGAAGAUUGUACCGCAAUCACAAACCUGACCAAUGCCUUUGACGGAGAGGUAUCCAUAAGUAUUGUUAACCGGGAUGGUACCCGCUACACCCAGAAGGGCGAAUACAGAACUAACCCUGAUGACAUCAACAACACUACUGCUGAUUAUGACACCAGCAGUGGGUCCUACGGUGAAAGAAGCACUUCAGAAAAUUACAUCAUCCACACCCACUUUCCGACUGCUCACCCGACCCAAGACCAAGACAGUACCGGAGUGACCUACUACCCGGAGGAUACCCCCGACACCAAUAUGGACUCCAGCCAUAGUACAACACCUCAGCCUUCUGCAGAUUCAAACACACAUUUGGUAGAAGACUGGGACAGGACAGCACCUCUUCCGGUGACAACUCAGCAGAGUCACACUCAGAGCUUCUCUACAUCACAUGGAGGCUUGGAAGAAGAUAAAGGCCAGCCAAUGAUGUCCACUCCAACAUCUAGCAAUAGGCAUGAUGGCGGAGGUGGAAAUCUUCCUGAAGACUCAGCUACUUCAGUGGGAGGUUAUACUCCUCAUUCCCCAGACACAAAGGAGUACACAACCCUCAUCCCAGUGACCCCUGCUAACACUGAGUCCCUUGGAGUUACUGAAGUUACUGUUGAUGGAGUUUCCAACGUUAAUGUUGAUGGUUCCUUGCCAGGUAAUGUAGAAAACAACACAUACUUUCAUGUUAUAGGGGAUGUUUUCUGUGUAGGCUGUAUGUUGUUUUUCCCCUUAGGACACUCCAGUGGGAGUCGAGAAGGUGAUGCCAACACGACCUCGGGUCCUAUAAGGAAACCUCAAAUUCCAGAGUGGCUGAUCAUCUUGGCGUCCCUCCUGGCCCUGGCUUUGAUUCUCGCAGUUUGCAUCGCGGUCAACAGCCGAAGAAGGUGUGGGCAGAAGAAAAAGCUGGUGAUCAAUGGGAAUGGAGCUGUGGAGGACAGAAAGCCAAGCGGACUCAACGGGGAGGCCAGCAAGUCUCAGGAGAUGGUGCAUUUGGUGAACAAGGAGUCGUCGGAGACCCCAGACCAGUGUAUGACAGCCGAUGAGACGCGGAACCUACAGAACGUGGACAUGAAGAUUGGGGUGUAACACCUAUUCCGUGACCUUGGAUAGAAAUCACACAUCACCAAUACAGGGAGCUGGGACACUCACAGAUGCAAUGUGCUACUGAUUAUUUCAUUGGGGUUCUUUUUUUUUUUUUUUAGCAUAACAUUUUCUACUCCUUUUUGUUUAUUGUGCUUUGUUUUUUGAAGUCAGUCAAUUUAUAAAAAGAGCAUUGCUUUCUGAAAUGAGGGCCCAAUUAACCAUCGGCAAGAUUUUGACUUAAGCCUCCCACUCCCUGGGGUAUGCUAUGGAUGGCAUCUAACAAAAGCCAUAAAUGCAUCUUUCUGAUCCUCAAUCUUCCCUCCACCCCACCUGCCAGGUGACAGCCACAUGCUAAGGACAUCCCCCCAGAGCUAAGAGGAACUGGUUCCUGAAAGGAAAUCUGAAUGGGUUCAUAUUGUCCAUCUAGGGGCCCAGUCCCUAGGCAUUGCUUUCCAUGGGGGUAGGGGACUGGGAUGUACUGGUUAUACAUCCUUUUCUACAGACGCCCUGGAAAUUUUCCCAAUGCUAUUGAGAAUGCCCAAAGGGUCAAGCUAUUUAUCUGUAGUAAGCUAUUUAUCUGUGUUUUUGAAAUAUGAAACCCUGGAGGUCCUGUAAUUAGUAUGAUUUUGUUUUGUUUUGUUACUUUGUCAGAGGCAUAAAAAGGGUUUAAGUUGAUUCAUAAUAAACAGCUGUACUUCUUCCACUUUUA